AUUAUUCAAACCCAGUACAUUUUCUCUGUGUUACUCAAGUUCUUCUACAUUUUCUGGAUCCUUUGGAGGCGAGAGAGGGUCGUGCCCACUGCUCUGGCUGAGAAGGAGAGGAUGUAAGCGUGGAUGCGCAUGGAGUUAGUGUCGGAGCUGGGCACAGAACCUAUGAAUUCUGAGUUGUUUGUCAUUGCCACGUGCCGUGGUGCUGGCUGGAGGGACGAUCCAUCUGGGAAUCCGGCUUGCAAGUCCCUGGAGGAGGCAAGACUUGUGCCUGCUGCCUCGGCAGAACCCAAUUCCUUCCCCUCUGGAGUGAGGAGACCCUGAGUGCUUUUCAUCAGGGAUAUUUCCUUCGCUUUCGAUUCCCUUCCUGUGCCGACCAGUGGUGUUAGCGCCAGUGCCCACAUCCUCCCUGAUCCCGAGCCGCCUCGCUGGAGGAUUUAUGAUCUGCUGGAGCCGUGGCCGGUAGCCUUUGAGAAGUGGAAAAGGGAGCAGCCAUAAAUAACAGGCAGGGGGACAGAUCCGUGCGGUGGUUUUUCAUUUACUAGAUAGUCCUACUUUGUUCUUGAUGAGUAAUGGAGGCAUUUGAAUACGCCAGGAUGACAGCAGCAGUCUGGCCCUGGGAACGUGUCGGUGUGGGCUGGGUGAGGAUGGUGGCAAUCAGGACACUUGGACCAUGCUGUGCAGCCUUCCUCUCUUGUCUGCGCUGUCUCACGUCCUCCUCCCGCGCUCACCUGCUGCUCUGGGCACUGCGUUCCCCAAGGCUUCACUUCAGCAUCCCCGCACUGUGCCGGGAAGCGGGGCGCGCUGGGUUCUGAUGCGGGAUCGGGUGCCAUGGCUCACGGCAGCGCGGCCGGAUGCUGCUGCAGGUGCUACUCCGUGCUCUGGAUUGCACUGCUGCAAAGAUCCCAUCUAAUGCCGAGGCUGAAAGAAUCGCGCUCCCACGAGUCAUUGCUCAGUCCCAGUAGUGCUGUCGAGGCUCUGGAUCUCAGCAUGGAGGAAGAAGUGGUUAUCAAGCCAGUCCACAGUAGCAUCCUGGGACAAGACUACUGCUUCGAGGUGACGACUUCAUCAGGAAGUAAGUGCUUCUCGUGUCGUUCUGCAGCAGAGCGAGAUAAAUGGAUGGAAAACCUGCGGCGUGCCGUGCACCCAAAUAAGGACAACAGCAGAAGGGUUGAGAAUAUGUUAAAGUUAUGGAUUAUCGAAGCCAAGGACCUGCCAGCCAAGAAAAAGUACUUGUGUGAAUUAUGCCUGGAUGACGUUCUUUAUGCACGAACUACCUGUAAAUUGAAAACUGAUAACGUAUUUUGGGGGGAGCACUUUGAAUUUAAUAACCUCCCAUCGCUCAAAAACAUUACGGUGCACUUAUACAAAGAGACUGACAAGAAGAAGAAGAAGGACAAGACCAAUUUCAUUGGGCAAGUGAACAUCCCCAUCAACUCUGUCACGGGCCGGCAGUUUGUGGAGAAGUGGUACCCGGUGGUCAGCCCCAACCCCGGGAAGGGCAAAUCCCCGGGGCCCAUGAUCCGCAUCAAGUCGCGCUACCAGAGCAUGAGCAUUCUUCCCAUGGAGAUGUACAAAGAGUUUGCCGAGUACAUCACCAACAAUUACAUGGUGCUGUGCUCAGUGCUGGAGCCCUCGCUGAGCGUGAAGAACAAAGAGGAGAUGGCGUCCGCGCUGGUGCACAUCCUGCAGAGCACAGGCAAGGCCAAGGAUUUCUUGACUGACCUGAUGAUGUCUGAAGUUGAUCGCUGUGGUGAGAAUGAGCAUCUCAUUUUCAGGGAGAACACACUGGCCACCAAAGCAAUCGAAGAAUACCUGAAGCUGGUGGGGCAGAAAUACUUGCAAGAUGCCUUAGGGGAAUUUAUCAAGGCCCUGUACGAAUCAGAUGAAAAUUGUGAGGUGGAUCCCAGUAAGUGUUCAUCCUCAGACCUUCCUGAACAUCAGAGCAACUUGAAAAUGUGCUGCGAGCUGGCCUUCUGCAAAAUCAUCAACUCCUACUGUGUCUUCCCAAGGGAGCUCAAAGAAGUUUUUGCCUCAUGGAGACAGGAAUGCAGCAACCGAGGCCGCCCGGACAUCAGCGAGCGACUGAUCAGUGCCUCCCUGUUCCUCCGGUUCCUCUGUCCGGCCAUCAUGUCCCCGUCCCUCUUCAGCCUCCUGCAGGAGUACCCGGAUGACCGCACUGCACGCACUUUGACCCUCAUUGCCAAGGUCACCCAGAACCUCGCCAACUUUGCCAAGUUUGGCAGCAAAGAGGAAUACAUGUCCUUCAUGAACCAAUUCCUGGAACAUGAAUGGACCAACAUGCAAAGGUUUCUCCUGGAGAUUUCCAAUCCUGAAACCAUCUCAAACACAGCUGGCUUUGAAGGCUACAUCGACCUUGGCCGGGAACUCUCCACUUUGCACUCGCUGCUCUGGGAAGUCAUUUCUCAGCUGGAGCAGGGCACUGCAACAAAACUGGGGCCUCUGCCUCGGAUCCUGAGGGAUGUCAACGCGGCACUCAGUAACCCGUCCUGUGUGCAGGUCUCUGUCACAACCGAUCACACUGCAUCCACACCCAACGCUGGCAACAGCAUCUCUGCUGGGCUGCAGAAAAUGGUGAUAGAGAAUGACUUAUCUGGUCUGAUAGAUUUCACACGGUUACCAUCUCCAACCCCUGAAAACAAGGACUUGUUUUUUGUCACAAGGUCUGCUGGGGCCCAGCCCUCACCUGCCCGAAGCUCCAGUUACUCAGAGGCCAAUGAGCCCGACGUGCAGAUGUCUAAUGGCAGCAAGAGUUUGUCCAUGGUGGACUUGCAGGACAAUCGGCUCUUGGACGGCGGGGCCCCCGCGCCCGGCACGGCCGACACCCUCAAUGACAGUCAGUCGUCCCUCGGGCAGUUGCAGGGCGUAUGGGCCACACGGACUCAGCAGAACAGCGUGACGGGCAUGGCCACCGUGCGCCGGGUGGGCCAGACACCCACCACGCCGAGCGGUGAGAGCGCGCCUGGCCGGCCCCAGCUCCUGGCGCCCCUCUCCUUCCAGAACCCCGUCUACCAGAUGGCCGCCGGGCUGCCGCUCUCCCCGCGCGGCCUGGGUGACUCCGGCUCCGAGUGCCACAGCUCGCUCAGCUCCCACAGCAACAGCGAGGAGCUGACAGCCAACAAACACGGCUUUGCCGCCCCCACCGCCAGCGAGGACUUCACCCGCCGGACGGGCGAGCUGGCCCGCCGGCAGCUCUCGCUGACGGAGAAGGGCGGCCAACCCACCAUGCCGCGGCAGAACAGCGCGGGACCGCAGAGGCGGAUAGACCAGCCGCCCCCGCCGCCCCCGCCGGUCACCCGGGGCCGGACACCGCCCUCGUUGCUGAACACGGUUCAGUACCAGCGACCCUCCAGCGGCAGCAUGAUGUCCUCCUCACCCGACUGGCCCGGCAGCGGGGCGCGCCUGCGGCAGCAGUCCUCCUCCUCCAAGGGCGACAGCCCGGAGAUGAAGCAGCGCACGAUGCACAAACAGGCCCCUUCUCCUGUGAACCCCAAUGCCCUGGACCGCACUGCUGCUUGGCUUUUGAAUAUGAACAUGCAGUUUUUAGAAGAUGAAAGCAUUGACCCAGAUUCCAAGCACAGGGAUAAGCUCAGGAAUAAGGACGAGCUCAGCCAAGCAGAAAAGUACCAGCAGGACCUGGUGGUGCUGCAGGACAAGCUUCGGAUCUCCAACAAGAAGCUGGAGGAAUACGAGACUCGCUUCAAAUGCCAGGAGGAGACGACGCAGAAGCUGAUGCUGGAGUACCAGGCCAGGCUGGAGGAGAGCGAGGAACGGCUCCGGAGACAGCAGGAGGACAAGGAGAUCCAGAUGAAGGGGAUCAUCAGCAGGCUGAUGUCAGUUGAAGAGGAGUUAAAGAAGGACCAUGCAGAAAUGCAGGCUGCCGUGGAUUCCAAGCAGAAGAUUAUCGAUGCACAGGAGAAACGCAUUGCUUCACUGGAUGCUGCCAACGCACGGUUAAUGAGUGCCCUCACUCAGCUGAAAGAGAGGUACAGCAUGCAGACACGUAAUGGGAUCUCCCCCACAAACCCAACUAAAUUGCAGAUAACAGAGAAUGGAGAAUUCAGAAACAGCAGUAAUUGUUAACCCGCGGAGGGUGCUGCCGCAGGAGGAGGCCUGGCCAGAGAGACCGUGCAGCAGCAGGUGGGAGCCGCGGCUUCAGACAACGGCUGCUCUCUCCCCCCGAGAAACCAGCUCCUUACUGCGGACGGCGCGCUGACUGAGCCUUGGUGGGAGAUGCUAAUGCCAGCACGUUGAGGGGACGGAGAGAGCGAGUGUGAGAUGAGUGGCAUAAGGAAAUAACACACAUUUGAGAAUCGUUGUCGCUGUUGGAUUUGAAUCAGUGUUUAAUGUUAAAACAAAAAUAACCUUUUCCUUCUAAACUGCCCAAAGCAUAUGCCUCACCCCUCCCAGCAAGGAAUAAUAUCCUUGUCUUUGCCGUAAGCGAAACUGAGGGAGCUGGGCAGAGCCCGCAGUGGGCAGUGGCCCACUGAGUCCAGUUAAAGGUGCUGCUGGACGCAGCUGUAGGAGCGAUGGCAGCAAAGCUUUGCCCUCUCCUCCUGUGCCUCCCCUGGAGCACAGCCCUCUCCCAAAGCAAACCCCGAGCCGAGCCCAGCCGCCUGCCCCUGGGUGGCUUUUGUGAGGCCGCUGGCUUCUGCCCUGAGAUCCCGUCCAUGGGGCAUUUCCACAGCUCAUUAGUAUUUAUUUAACUCCGGACGUAGAGGGAUACGGGCUGAGGAAAGGUCAGGGCACACUCAGUGAGGUGCGCUGUGAGGGGAACCACGGUGCCGGAGCCGUGGAGAAGGGCAGGAGCGGGGCUGCUGGGGGGCCCUGGGCCACUGGCCUGCGAGUGGAGGCACCCAGGAACGGUGAUGGGAUUCCUCUCUCCAGCUCCUACUCCCUCAGGGGAGGAGGCUCUGUCAGCCCUGGGACAUCGUCCCCCACCCGCUCUCAGGCCAGAGAGCUCGGUCACAGCUGCGAAUGAGGAACAGGGGCUGGAUUUCCCCGUGCCCACCGUGGCAGAGGGGCUGCAUGAGGCAACCAGCUCCUUGCGCGACCAAGGGUUCGUUCUGGGGAUGUAAUGCUCCAUGCAGAGAUUUGUGCUAUUUCUGGGGAGAAAAGCAGACAAAAAAACAAAAAAAAGCCCUGAAGACCCAGGAAGAUCGGUAAUUGUAUUUCUUUUCUUUCACAGUAUGCAUUAGAAAAAAAAAGAUCCCAUUUUCUGGAAUACUGUCCUCUUUAAAUUGGGAAUGAGCACUGCAUGGAAAUUAACCGGCUUGAAGAAUGUAAAACAUGGUCAUAAGGGAGUAACGACAGGAACAGCAGCCACCAGCGAAAGCCCCCUUGUCAGGAGCCCCGUGCAGGCAUAAGCCAGGAGUAGACUUUUCUAACUGCGGAAACGCGCAGGUUCGGCACAUGCAGCCACGUUGUGCUCGGCGGAGGGGUCACCUCCUUAACGGGGGAUUGUGCCGCUGCCCUGCCGCCACGGUGCGUUUGUUGGUUUGUGGUUUUUUAAGUUAGCACUUCAUGACUCCCGAUCUCAGAGCAGGUCCCUCGUACCGAGAGCUCCGAGAUCCGGAUGACAGUGUACAGUGUACAGGACAACUGCCUAUUGCUCCCACUAAAGCCUAAUGCUCAUCGCCUGUCCUAGCUCCUUCUGCCAUGUGUAAAUGUACAGUCCGAGGGACUAGGAUGUUCCCUGAGCUCCGCACAGCUUAGGUACCACCUCCAGCCUCACCCUGCGAGGCUGCCUGAGCAGGACACUGUUUGCCAGUAAGCUCUGCAUUGCCACGCUGCCCCAUUAACAGCAUCCUUCCACAGGCAAUUGUUUUCAAAAUUAAAGAUGCCUUUUUUUUUUCCUGUUCCUAAAUGAUUUUCUGUUCCCCAGAAGCUCUGGGCCAAGCCUGGUGCGGCUGGGUCCUGGGAGGAGCCAACGUGUUGCGCUGAGGUCUCCACUUCCCACCAACACCUGCAGAGCAGUGCGGUUGCACAGCAGACCCCAGCCUGAGCUCCUCAGAAGUGUAAUAAUGGGUAUUUCUGGCAAGCACAGUCCCUUGUGAAUUGUGGAGCCCAGACCAGCUGGCUGUGAGGAACCUCACCCCGCUGACGAGGUUCCAACAGGAGAAACACCCAGAGAGGUUAGGAACGCGCAGGGUACUGUGAAACGCUGGGCACGUACACGCACACCCACCACUGUCUCAGUCAAACCCCUUAUAAGGAUCUACAAAAAGCUCUUUCACACCACUGUUGCCCUGAGAUGCGCGUUUGGAGCUGAUUGGUUCUGAGUUCCAAACUAUUUGUGUUGCAAGAGACAGAAGUUUUUCAAGAGCAAAGGAACGUAGAGGGAUGGAAGCGCUAAGAGGGCACAGGGCGGGCGCCCUGCCGGCAGCGUUUCCAUCCCUACCCAGAAGUGAUUCGGGGGUGCAGUCAGUGCUCACCAUUAGAGCACUAAGAAAAACAAUCACCCACAAACCAAUUGUUUAGCACUGAUGCCAAGCAGCAGCAGCCAAGGCACUGCUCCCCCCGAGCUGCCAGAAACUCCCAGUUAACCCCACACUCGCCAACUGCCGACCCCACAGCUCUGCUGAAAGGGCAAGAACACUUAAAUCCCUCCACAGCGAGUCAAUACAAAGUUCCAGUGCCCACAGCUUCUGGAGUUGAUGCUCGGCUUCUUGAGCCAGUACGAAAAGAAAUCCAAAUCGGGACAAAGUCUUGUUACGUUAAGAGACGCCCCUGCUCGCUCCCCCAGCCCCGUCCCCCCCAAACAACUGGACCGAAACGUGACCAACCCCACCUGGGGUGAGGUUUUACGAUGCAGGCUCAGUUCACUUCUGUUACUCCAGUCUGUGUUUCUGUUAUUUAUAAGCUGUACAUUUAUCUCUGUGUGUGUGUGCGUGUGCAUGCGUGCGUGAGCGAGCGCCACGUGCCCAGGGCACCCGAGGCGGCCUCAGCCCUGGUGUCUGGCGUAGCAAUACCGGAGGCGAUCCCAGGCGGUGCUUGCGGCACCAGAGCAAAGCAACCACUAUCCGUAACCUUUUGUGAUCUGCUCCCUUUUCUUUUCCGUUCUUGCGCUUCCUACAGUAAGAGGCUGUUCUAGUGCAAACUCGUCAAGGUGUAAACAAAACAAAAGAAAACUCAGAUUUUUAUCUUAAUACCAGUCUUAAUAUUUUUUUUUUUGUAACUGUUCUCAGUGUUUCCUGUACCGUAUCUAUCUCACUAACAGUUGUAUAUAGUAACUUACUUCUGGUGCUGCUUAUUUGGUCAGGGUUUGGCUGUAUCUCACCGCUGUUUCAGAGAGGUGGACUCGAGCCAGCAAAUCUGGAUCCAGAUGCAGGUUAUGACUUCAGCCUCCUCCCUUUGGGGAUCCCAGGGAAGGGGAAGGGAGAGAAGCCAGGGAUCCAGAUUUGGGGCUGGGCCACCUCAAAGAUUCUGUUUUAAGAGUUUUGAUUUGGGGUUUUGUUAAACUGUAGGGAACAUGUUGGGAAAAUGAGCAAAGUUUGACGUACAGGGGGAUGACACGGACUGAGCAGUGUCCUGAGGUCUCUGCUCUGUAAGUACCAUCAUUUGGACCAGAAUAAUGGCUUCAGUGCCAAAAGACCAGAGGGACGCAGGCCCUUCCUCGUGCCAACUGAUCCUACAGUGGAGCCACCAGCCCCUUCUGCACCAGUUUGAGCAAAUCCUGCUGCCAUCCAAAGAGUCAUGCGUCACUGCAUCGUCGUUUGAGUCCGGUUAGUUUCAUUUUCUGCUUUCGCAGUUGUAAAGCACUGAUUGCACUGUGAGAAUAAGCCGAGUCCUCCGGCCUGGCAGCCCCGUAGGUUGCUGCAGGACGCAGGUUCUGCUACUACAAAGAUUCCUAAACGGAGAAGGGACUUUGUGGACCUGAUUGAGGCACCAGAGGCUCUCCUAGGAGAGCAGUCAGCAAGUAGUCAAUCAUUUCCAAAGCCUGGAGCACUCACAGGCUUCUCCCUCUUACUAAUUCAGUAGAAAACACUGAGGUCUGCUCUGUGAUAAACAAGGAGAGGCUUUUCAGUCACAGGAGAUGGGAAAUUCCCUGAUGCAUUUGGCCAGGACAGCCACAAGGUGUGGCUCACAGAUGUGUCUGCGCCGCAGCGGUGCCAGGGCAGGGGGAGACCGGGAGAUGCCUUCCCGAGAGCAGUGCCUGUGGCCAGCGGUGCCCAGCAGCUUCCAAGGUCACUGCCCUGUCCCUCAACGGGAGCUUUGCCCAGAGCGUGCACACAGAAAGGCCAGAAGGCACGAUUGGUCCCGUCCCCGGGGUGGGCAGGAUCCCCACGCCCCUGCUCUGGCCUUCCCACCUGCAGCAAGGUUUGUGUUCAGAGCAAUCCAGGCUCCACCCUGGAGCUGCUCCACAUCAGGCAGCUGAUGGGCUUUACAAACCAGACCCAAUCCUGAGGGUGUCGCACGCAUUCAGAAACCACCGAGCUUUGCAAAAGGGCAUCACAUUCGAGCAUUUGCUUUCACCGACUCCCUGAGCUGAGACAUUGCUGUAAAUGCCACGUGGUUCUGCAUCAGCUACCGGUACCCAGAGUGCAGUCUCCAUGCUCACCUAUUCCUUUAUCAUACAUCACUGUGUCUUAAGAUAUACCUCUCUCUGUACAUCUGCUUAGGCUGAUACUCAUUCCUGAUAAGCAGUCGCUAUGUUUUAUAUCCUCUUAUAAAGAAAAAACAAAUUUUUUUUGUAAGUAUGUUUAAAAAAAAAAUGCAAAGUGGAAGUGUUUGCUGAAUCUCCUUCAGCUCCUUUUAAACUAUGUAAUAAUGUACAGAGAAAGUUGUUGGUGUUCAAAGAAAUGAUGUGGCUGUGCAAUUUAUGUACAUUUGCAAUUAGAAAUAUUAAAGAUUUAUUUAGAUAUUUUAAGUAAGUGCUCCAGCACCUCUGCUCAGUCAUUUCCAGAGCAUCCGGGCACACACAAACUGUUAUCUCUGCUGAUUCUCCAAACAGAUCAGCUCAAACGUUCCCGGGGGAUUCAGUCUCAUGCUGGCUGACCCCCACCUUCCCUCCACAGCUCUGAGGGCAGCUGGGAACACAAGGAGGCGAAGGGGACAAGCAGCUCCGAGGGCUCGCAGCCCCCGAGACUUGGCCAGGAGCUGCGUCCCUGACUCAGGCAUGUUUAGAGCAGCAAUGGCAGCAAAUAAUCACAGCCCCCCCCACCUCUGACACCACCCAGCAUGCUGUGGGCCAGCGCCCCGCUCGCACGGGGACCAAAGAAGCGCUACAGGCUGGGCACACGCUGUCAUGGCCUACAGCAGCUCCAGGGCGAGGGCAGAUGCUCAGCACAGGGGAAGUCCCCUGUCUGCUAACAGGGAGGGCAGGUACCAGAAUUCUGGCACCAGACCAUCCCCACCAUUCCUGGAAAACCCUUCAGUCCGUGCUGGGGCUGUGUGGGGUCCUGGCCGACCCCAGCGAGCCUUCUGCUGCCCACCUGUCUGCACGCAUCCCCACUGCUGUCAGCCUCGCCUGCCAAACCGCCUGACUUUGGUCUCCAGAAAACUUGGAGGAGAGUAAUUAAAACCCUGGGCAGCAUCAGCACCUCUGCCUCAUUAACAUCACCAUAAUUAGCUCCUUGGAGAGAGAAGGAAGACAAGCUGCCUGCAUCAAAAUGAUGGGAUGUGGAAAGCGCUCAUGGCUAUUCCUGUGCUCUGACAGCGGCACCGGACCCAGGCUGGUCACCAGGCGCUGCUGCUGGAGCGAGCGAGCCGGUGGGAGCACCCUUGGCCGCUGCUUCUGCUGGGAACCGGCACCUGCCCAGAGAGCAGAGGCGAAAGCCUCGCAGGCUAAAAUCCCCUUCUGGGCCCUGCCUUCCCCCUUCCUGGCCACCCCGCAGCCUUUUUGCACAAUGAUCCGCAUUAAACCCAUUGGUCCUUUUGGGCAGGAGCCCCCUGGCCCCGCACAGGGCUGCACAAAAGGCAGCGUUGCCAUUAUGGGGAGCAGCACAGCCUGUCCUGCUCUUGCAGGCUCAGGUGCGGGUCUCUGGGCAGCAGCUCUUCCAGCAACUCCCCAGAGCCCUCAAGCAGCAGCGACUGCUCCUGCUGCCCUUCCCGCCCUGGCUGCGAGAGCCCCGGGCACCCUCCACACACCUUGGCACCAAUGCCUGACCUCUCUUCAUGACACACUGGGCACUCAAACUGUGCUCUGGCAGAGGUUUGAACCUUUGGUCCUCACCGCAGAUCAACAAAGCCUCAACCACCUCUGCGCCGCUGGGCGCUGCAGCAAGGCCAUUGGCCAAACCACGCCCUGCGCCCGCAGCACAGCCCGCUUGGAAAGGUCCCCCCUGCUCCACCAGCCCCCAUCUCCACUCCUUGGAGCUACCAGACCGGGCUGGGGAGCUCUCAUGCCUCCAAAUUUAACCUGGUUGGUUUUGAAGGUUGAGAGAGCAAGAGAAAAGAAAAACAGUCCAGAAAACAGAGGGCAUCUCGGAAGCUGCUGCAAGGGGAGAUUAGUCAAUAACACCUGGAAUUGAAGAAAACCUCUUCAGCAGGCUGUUAUGGCUUCAUUAGAGCAGAGCUAAAUUCUCAGCUGAAAACACCCAGAAUAUCUCUGUGCACUUGACAGGUUUCAGCAUCGGCGAUGCCGGAGCCUGGCCGCAGCCGCUCCCAGCAGGCUCAAGCCCAGGUGCCGCUCGGCAGAAGGGCAGGGCGGGGAGAAGGAGACUCUGAAUUGCAGAUCAGCAGCCAGAACAGCAAUGGGAAUACCGGGCUGGGAGGCUGGGGAUCGCAGAUGCGUGCAUUUGAGGUUUCUUUAAUCUGAAGAGUCAUUUUUGCCCAAGACUCAUCAGCAAUAAUGAUGUUCCAGUAAUUGCACCCGUACAGAGUUUGUAUCGAGUUCAGUAAGCAAAACACUUACUGGUUAACGAGCUGGUUGUUAAACACUUGGGACUGGUGGGUUUAGGGACCAGAGCAGACUCAAAUCCUCAUCUACAGGGCACAUAAAAGUGGGACAUCACACAGAGCAGAGCACUACUGCAAAGGGAUUUGGUGCUUAGGCUAAAGCUGGUUUGAAAGACCUUCAGGGAAGAGAAACAAGUUAAAAAUGUAUUUCUGAGCGGCAUGUGCGUGUUCACGUUAACCUCCAUCACAUCACAGCUGUCCAGAGACCUGCACUUUCUCCACUGUCACAAAAAGCUCAAACUCAAUACAAACAAAGGGGGUUCCUUCAUUCCCAGCCAGCAGAGCCGCAGCCCCAGGUGCAUCGUCAGAUCCCCUCAGCCACCCCUGCCAAGCAUCUCAAACCCAGGGAAGCUGCAGGCUUCAAGCACCUCUGAUAUGGGCGGAUGAGGGGGUCCUGCCACCACGCAGCAGAGGACAAAGCAACUGCCAACACCUGAGGAAGCAACUGCACUGAGUGAAUACUCCUCCAGCUGGGGCGCUCAGCACCAAAGAGCCUUUCUGUUUGGGUGAGGGAGGCAGGGAGGUGCAGAGAGGAGGCUGGGAGCUAGGAGGGCAUGGACAGAAACAGUUUGUUUUCUGCUCCUCCAAUAACAAUCUCUAAUCUUUGUUCCUCCCAAGCAUCUUUCACUCACGGCUUCCCAAGCCCUGCAGGAGCAGCCAGCUCCCACUCUCCGCCGCAGUGGGUGAACAUCAGCAUCCUUAUUUUUACAACUGAGGACACGCCAUGGGAGUACAACUUUCUCAAGGUCCCUAGUAAGCUACAAAAGCCUAACAGCUGACUUCCCUGCCCCUUCUGCAUGCAGCCAUCCCAGCACGUCAGCCGCAGCUCCAGAGCAAACAGCCUCUGGAGAAGCCAUUCAAAGCCAGGCAGUAAACAAACCUCCAAAGCCUCAGCCCUAGAGAUGGGGGAAGCACAGCCGCUCCCUGCCAGAGCAGUCAAUAAUGACAGGCGAGCAGAAAGGAAGGGGCUGGAAGAACAAGAGUCAUUAGAGGAAACUUGUUGUUUGCGCUAAUUAGAUCAUUAUCUGGAAACUGCUAUUGAUGUUGCUAUUUCAGCUCCUGCUGCCGUUCACAACUUUAUUCUAUCCGUGUUUAUUGACUACCCAAGCUCUUCUGCGUCCUGCGGACAGGACUGGUAAUGCUGGCCUGCAGCCAAGCCAGGAUGGAGAUGGCUGGAUGUUCUGACCUGAGCCUGCCGCAACAAGAGCCAGCCCAGCACCGUGUGGACACCGCAGCGAGCAGAGGCGAGCACACAACAUGUGGAACACAACCAGCCACUCCGGACAACAGCUGCAGUCCUUCCCAGCACCAACCUCUCCUUGCUUUUAAACUUCCAGCGCUCAUCUGCGCAGCCAAAGGACUCACACAAGGCUUCUUCAAGGGGGCAGCAUCCCCCUUGGUUCCAUGCACAGAGCAGCUCAGGCCAGGCACGCCAAGCAAGACUCUCCCUGCUCCCCGGCACAGGCUGCUGCUGCGAGGCAGCUGCUUGAGGUGACUUCCUUGGCCUGUUGAGUACCGGGGGAAAGGAGCAGGGAAGGUACAGAGCAGACAGCAGAUUCAUUUACAAUAGGUGUAAUUAACAUUACUUUGCAAAGAAGUGUGAAAUGUUAUGCAUAACAUUCCCUAAUCCUCCUUUCCCACAUGCUGGCAGACAGCAGUCUGGCACCGGGCAGAUAAAUAUUGCACUGUUUGAUGCUGCUGUCUUCCUGCAGCUGCCUCCACGCUGUGCCCGCUCUGCUUUUCCUGCCACUGCCAAAACCUCCAAGGAGGCCACUUCUCAGCUACCGGGUGAACCACAUGCACCAACACGAGUGCCAGGGAGCAGCUACAGCUGGCACAAACGUACAGCUGCUGCUAAG